AUGAGCCACGGUUCAAGCAACUCUACCCAGCAGUGGUACUAUGGCUACGCGCCUAGGACAUUGCCCUGCGCGGCUGACGAGCCCACAUGUGCUUAUUACGAAGCUCUGUGGUCUAGCAAUGACCGUGGAAUACUCUACUCGGGAAUCCUUUGGAUUCUAGUCGGCGUCGCUCUUCUUGUGACGGCCGUCCUGCGGCGUGCCUUGCUCUCCCGACAGACAAGGCCAUCUACAACUGCAUCCGAAGGAGAAUCCCUGAUUGGGGUCAAGCGUCCAUCUCGUCUUCGGGCGGUAGCAGCUUCAGCCCGUCGAUAUCUCCUACCUGACUCGAUUCACUUCUUCUUUGGCCGCACUACACGUCUUCAAAUUCUCGUGUUGGCUAUCCUCAUGACGUACCUGACCAUAUUCUCCUUUGUCGGCAUCACCUAUGCAAUGUGGCCAACGCCUGUUGCGGGAAGCCCAGGAGUGUGGAAGUACCAAAACUCGCUUGGUUUAUGGUCCAACCGUAUCGGUAUUCUCGCCUACGCUAUCACGCCAUUUUCAGUGCUUUUGGCGAGCAGAGAAUCCAUCCUUUCGGCACUUACCGGUAUUCCCUAUCAAAGUUUCAACUUUUUACACCGCUGGACUGGCUACGUUAUCUUGGUGCAAAGUAUCCUGCACGCAAUAGCAUGGUGCAUCAUUUGCAUCGGUUUGUACGGGCCGCAACCAACCUAUGCCGUCAACUGGGUCACCAAGGAAUACAUGAUAUACGGAAUCUGCGCACAGUUUCUCCUCAUCAUCAUGUUUGUUCUCAGCACCCGAUGGGUUAUUCGCCUGACCGGAUUCGAGUUCUUUCGCAAAUCCCACUACGUCCUGGCCAUGGUGUACAUGGGUACCUGUUGGGGUCAUUGGGAAUAUCUGAGCGAUUGGAUGCUGUGUGGCAUUCUUCUUUGGUUCAUUGACCGUUCUGCCCGCCUGGUCCGUACCCUACUUCUCCAUCACCAGUUGAUUGAUGGUGACUGGGGAUUUCAUCCUGCUCAGGCUCGCUUGACAUCCUUCCCUGACGCAUCCGGGUAUGGGGACGUGGUCAGACUGGAUUUUGAUUUUGUUCAAUCUCCAUGGAAGGUUGGGCAACAUUUCUAUCUCUGCUUCCCUCGAAGUAGUAUCUGGCAGUCACAUCCAUUCACACCGCUGUCUCUGCCUGUAGUCGAACGUGGUGUAGUGCGUCACUCGUACAUCUUUCGAGCUAAGCGCGGCGAGACAGCCAAGAUCGCCGUCAUGACGGAAGAAACAACCCCAGUUGUCCUUCAAGGGCCCUAUGGCGAGCAUUCAUCAGAAGGUGUCGGUCCCCAGGUCAAUGUUUUGGCGAUCGCCGGCGGUACAGGCAUCACGUAUGUGCUUCCCGUACUGCUGGAGCUUGCCUCUGAGGUGAACUCGGACCCACAAAUGACAUCGGAACGUCAAAUACACCUCUUCUGGGCUGUACGAAACUCUUCGGAUGCACAGUGGGUCGAGCCAGAGUUGUCUGUUCUACGGGCCAGCGGCAAAAUCCGCAUAACCAUUUUUGUCACACGUGAAACAAACUUGGCAAACAGUGACAAGCAAUCCAGAGACCAAGAAGGCAGUGACAAGCAAUCUGGGGACCAAGAAACGAUGGAUAUUCGUAAGCUGGGCGAGGGACAGCAGGCCCGGCAUCCCGACGUGGACGACUUGGUGAGGACUUUUGUGGGUGACACAAUCAGCGGACGUACGAUGGUGUUUGCCAGCGGGCCCGGGAGCAUGAUUACCGAUUUGAGGGCUUCGGUGGCGGCGUUGAACAAUGGUGGUGAGGUAAAACGUGGAAAUGAGCGAUUUGACGUCGAGUUGAGAGAGGAUAACCGACUAGAGUGGUAA